AUGUCCCAUCACGAUCUUUGCUCGACGCCCACAACACGCCCCCUCGACAACUGCAUCCAACGCUGGAACCAUGCGACCAAAGAACAGGAAAAUAUCCUCAAUGAUCUCGUGACUCGAAAUUUGGAACUUGAAGCCCGAAAUGCCGAACUUGAGAAACAAAUCAAGAAGCUGGAAUGGCGCCUCCGGAGUGACCAGGCCGCGGCAGACGCCAAGGAGAAGGUACUCAUAGGCGAGAUUGACUUCUUACGCAGCGAGCAGGAGAGCUUCAAGGCAACGUGCCUUUUGGACGGGGAUGGAUGCAUCUUCUCCGAACAAUAUCUUUGCCAAGGCUACGAGGGGGGCAUUCAGGCGGCCCAGGCAUUGUCAGAGGGACUGACAAGAUACCUGCGCACAUCGAAGCAACGAAUGCCUACCGGCUGCCGCAUCUUGACCAUGCUUUUCCUCUCCAAGAGUGGAAUGGAGGCUGUCUUAUGCCGAAAUCACAUUUGCACGCUGGAGCAAUUCAGAGCAUUUAUGACAGGAUUCGGUACUGCACAUCCACUCUUCUCUGUAGUAGAUGUAGGGAUGGGAAAGGAGGCUGCCGACUUCAAGAUGCGUGACUAUCUCAAGGUAUUUGUGCGUCUCCCUCAGACGUUUAGGGUAUUCUUCGGUGGCGGACACGAUAACGGCUAUGGACCAUGUCUGACGGAAUUGAAAACCGAAGGACUUCAGGAAAAGAUUGUGGUCCUUCAAUCUUACACGCAGCUAGCGCGUGAAAUUGCGUUGUUGAAGCUACCAGAUUUGAUGAUCCCAGAUCUUUUCAUGCCGGAAAAGCUAGAAAGGAGACCAGCGUUUGCUCACAUGCAUGCAAACACAGAUCCUACGCCGACUUCGGACACUCUCUACGCCGGCUCUUUCAAGAGUCAGAAGAAGAAGCGAGGCAAGAAGCGCAAUGUGCUCUCCAUCUCUUCCAUCGACGAAAUUAUAAUUUCUUCCCCAGCCACCGGGGCAUCUUCAAUAUCGCAAACAGAUGAAUCCGAGACAAGGCUUCCUUGCCUCGCACAUCAUUACUCCCCCCGUGGCUGCUUAAACUUUGUUACUUGUCGCUAUGACCAUAGUGAUGAGCUAGAUGCUACGCAGGAAGAGCAAAUGAAAGAUCUUGCACGUUGUACCCCAUGCGAAUAUGUGAACGAAGGUCGUGAGUGCCCUUCGGCAGUUUGUCAUUAUGGCCACAAAUGCCCCCGUGGAUCACGCUGCCAGGACUACCUUAUCGGUGUCUGCAAAUUCGUGGGCCUUAUGAUGCACCAGGACGAAGAGAUUAUCGACAUGAUCUGA